GCAUUUGAAGGAAAAUAUUCGACCAAAAGAAAAGCGAAAGGGAAUAUUCGAGCACUCUCACGUCCUGUGCGUAAGUGUAGAGAUUUUUCAGUGUUGCCGUCAGAUCGAGGAGGCAAAGACGAAAACAUGUCGCGGAAGCAUGCCCAGCACGUGGAAUUCAACCCUCGUUAGGUAGAAAAACACGGGUUUGCUGGAUUGGCGGCUGCUGCUUCAAAAGUUUCCGACCCACCAUUCCAUUCCAGUCCACGGACUCCACAGAAACCAUGGAGAAAUAAUGGUGGAGAAAAAUUGAAUCUUUUAGGGAGAAUAUGGACAUGGGGUUUGCUGGAUUGGCGGCUGCUGCUGCAAAUGUUGGAUUUGGAGAGGCAGAAUAUGAAUUUGGAUCGAGCGCGAGCAGGGCUCGAGCUGCCUUUCAAUGGGGUGGAACCGUCUUUGCCUUAAUUUUGUUAAUCUUGAACCGAGCAGGGCGGAGAUCAGCCAUGCAAAGUAACUUUCUUGUACUGUACUUGUUUACAAGCUUCCCAACAGUCUUGUUCAAAAUUUUGAGGGGGCAAUUCGGUUAUUGGGUUUCCUUUCUAGCUGUUGCCGCAAACCUCUUCUUUCCUCAAACUAUUCCAGUUUCUCGUUUUCUCUUGUUUGUCGUCACACCUGUCUGGGUCGCUAACGGACUGCGUGAUAGUAUCGUGGGCUGCAUCUUUUGUCUAAUACUCGGAGUUUCGCUGGUAAUAGCAGAGAUUCGAGGAAUCGGAGGUUUUUGUAACUGUCGAUCAGCCUUACGAGGGACAGACCUUCACGGAUUGUUACAACCCAAAAACCUACUCAAAAUCUGUUCUUGGCUACACCUGCAAUGGAGCAAGCAAGAGUUGCGAAACAUUCCUCACCUUCAGAUCCCGGGCACCUUACAACAUGGUCUCUGCCAUCUCCAAUAUGCUGACUUCUGACGUGUCUCAGCUGGCAGAGAUAAAUUCGGUUUCUGAGAAGCAACGUUCGAAACCAACAAGUUGGUGAUUGUUCCGAUUACUUGCUCCUGCUCAGGCCUUUCAACAUGUCAAGCUAUGCUGAACCAGAAUAGUAAUCUAACUGCAGAAAACUUGUACAUUGGUGAUAGACUCAUUGUUACUCUUAGAUGUGCUUGUCCCACAAAGAACCAAACUGAUCUACGUUUCAAGUAUCGUUUGACUUACUUAAUCGCUCAAGGCGAUUAUGUUUCAUUGAUCAGCACGAGAUUUGGCUCGGAUACAGGGAGAACUCUUGAAACUAAUGGGCUUUUGGAGCAAGACUCCACCAUUUUCCCUUCACCACACUUUUAUUUCCUUUGAAAAACCCUCCAAACAGUUCUCAAACCGUAGAGCCUCCCACAUCAUCACCAUCACCUC